AUGUCCCACUACCUAGGCCAAACCCGCCUCUCCUACACCCGCACCUGGCACCACCUCUCCCUCUCCACCGACCCACGCCCUCUAGGCCGCGUCGCCUCCGCCAUAGCAAUAACCCUCAUGGGCAAACACAAACCAACCUACGACCCCUCCACCGACUGCGGCGACUACGUCGUCUGCACCUCCUGCUCUGAACUGCACACAACCGGCAAAAAGCGCUUCCAGAAGAAAUACUACUCCCACACCACGCGGCCGGGAAGUUUAAAGGAGAUGACGAUGGAUAAGAUGAUGGAUAAAUGGGGAGGCGGAGAGGUGUUGAGGAGGGCGGUAAGGGGCAUGUUGCCGAAGAAUCGGUUGAGGGAUGAUAGGAUGGCGAGGUUGAAGUGCUUUGAGGGGGAGGCGCAUCCGUAUAAGAGGAAUGUACUGGCUGUGAGUGAGGCGAAUGGGUUGGGGGGUAGUAUUGGGGAGAUGCCGGCGGUAAAGCGCGGGUUGGCGAGGGGCCAGAAGCCGAAGGAGAAGAAGAUGGUGAAGCAGGAGGCUGUUGUGCAGGGGGCGUAG